AGAACGUCGUCAUUAGAUUGAUGUUCAUUCUUCGUGAUACGAAGACGGAAAACGGACGCACCAAGUCUCGACGUCUCGCGGUUCAAGGCUGCAAAAAUCGGAAAAUCGAUCGUUCGGUUCGGAAAAUUCCGGUAGAGCGGUGGAAAAUUUGCUGUUCUGUUUGUGCAACUAGGUGUGAUUGUGUGGAGGUUUAAAAUUUUAGGAAUAAAUUACGUGUUUCGGUAGCAGAAACUUCGCUGAAUUUGGUUGGCUUUCUUCGGACUAUGCCACCAAUCGUCGCCUGAUUCAUCAAAUCCCAGGUACUCGGAUACCGCGUGGUUGCCUCUUCAUCGACCGCGGUCAAACAGGACUACAACGAGUAUAUGUGGACUAUGCGCAAGGAGUUUCACGACCCGGAACCAUUCGUCAGCGAAACAUCGUCGGCCAUCGUCGAGCGCGAGAACCUGGCCAACUUUGGCCGCGAGCUUUCGCCACCGAAGUCGACCAACGGAGUCAAAGCCCACAGCAAACAGCAAAGCAAUGGAUCCGCAUCUCCACCACGACCAGCAGCACGGAGAUCAUCAUCAUCAACAGCAGUGCAACUGCAGUAAGACAACCACCGCAUCGCAAUCGUUGGACGAGCUGGAGUUUGAACGAGGGAUUUGGACGGCUG